AUGGCGUACUCUCUGCUUCCCGGUGCGGCUGCCGCGCCGGAGGAGGAAGGGCGAGGCAGGCGGAGGAAGAAAACAGAUCGCGAGGAAGAGGGCGAGGACGAAGAGAUGCAGGUGGAUGAGGCUCACGAAGAGCGCAAAGACGCGCAGGACAACCGCCGUCUCAUCACGUUCCUCAAGGCCACGCGGAGAGGAAAAAUCCAGAAAAUCGUGCGCGAGAUCUACCUGCGAGAUGAUUUGCCCUGCGGAAUCGCGGGAUGCUGCCUCUGCUACGACCCCACAGAAGAAACACAACAAGGCGUCCUGAGCAUGGACGAGCGCCUUUUGCUGCUGGACGCCGACGUCGCUCUUCGGCACAUCGAUUUCCUUCAAGAGGACGCCUGCGUCAACAACUGCCUCCUCCUCUCCUCGGUGCUCGCGGAGGUCAAGCGCCGGAAUCUCCAGACGUACGCCGCCCUCAUGUCGCUUUGCCGUCAAGCGGCAGACGAGUCGGCGAGCGAGAGCGCGCAUUCCUUCUUCAAGAAAGAAGACGGCGAAAGGAGCUCGCGCUGCCACAGGAAGUUCGCAGCCUUCGCAAACGAUGUGUUUCGAUCGACGUUUGUCGAGCGGCAGGAAGACGAGACGCUUGAGGCGCGAGAUCGCCGGUCGCUCUUCGCAGCUGCGCGCUGGCUGUCAGACCACGUGCUCGCGGCCGGUGCCGCCGUGGGAUUCGAGGAGAGCCGCCUGGGAAAGGUCACGAUCCUGACCAACGGAAAAAAACGAAAAGCGGAGGCGCUCCAAAAGGGCCUCGACGCGCUGACCGUUCGCGAGUUCGUCGAGGAGAUGCGUGCGGUUUUUCCUGCGGCGGGCGAGAAGUUGGCGCAGAUGGACGAAGACGAGGAUGAUGAAGAGGAGUCAAUCCUGGCCUCGUCGGGAGAGAACGCUGCUGCGCUCCAGCUGCAAGCAGCUGAGAAGUUGCGGAAGCGAACGGCGUUCUACGAUGCACACAUGCGCGAAGAGGAGAUCAACCGCAAGCUCAAGUUGGGCGUGCUUCACAAAGGGAAGCUCAGAAUGGCUCAUGACUGCUGCUGGCGCGGUGUCGUGCUUCUCCCAGGAGGUCAAGAAGUGCGGAUUCGCGGCAAGAAGAACCUCAAUCGCGCCGUGGAAGGCGACGUCGUUGCAGUGCAGCUGCUGGCGCACGAGGCCGCGGCUAGCGGCGACGCGGAGGGCGUCAAGCAGGAAAUCCCGCAGACGACGAGCGCGGGCAGAGCCGCAGCGACGGCGGACGAGAGCAAGUUUGAGGCUGAGGCGGAAAUCAAGGAAGUCGAGGAUGACGCGCAGCUCUUCCCGACGGCUGAGAUGACUGACGACGAAGAGAAUGACGAGCCCGCGCCGCUGGCGGCAGAAGACCUCAAGGGGAAGGUCGUUGGCAUCAUCCGCAAGAAUCGACGCGAAUACUGCGGCACGAUUCGCCCGUUUGACAACCCCUUCAGAGUCGAGGCGGCGACGAGCGGCCUGCCCUCGGAGGUGGUUUUCAUCCCCGCAGAUCCGCGAAUUCCCAACAUCAUUCUGAAGACGAGACGGUUUGAGCAGCUGCUGAACAAGCGCAUCGUUGUCGUGAUCGACUCCUGGGAUCGAUUUUCCCGGAAUCCGCGGGGGCACUGGACGGAGAUUCUGGGCGAGUUCGGGACUGCAGAGGCCGAGGCGAAUGUGAUUCUUCGCGAACAAGGCGUCGUCUCCCGCGACUUCUCGCUGGCCUCAAUGCGAUGCUUGCCGCCCAAAACCUGGUCGUUCGCGGACAUGCCCGAGGCUGAGCGACAGGCGAGACUCGAUCUUCGCCACGUCUGCGUCUGCUCUGUGGAUCCGCCGGGCUGCAAAGACAUUGACGACGCGCUCAGUCUGGAGGUGCUGGAGAAUGGAAACUACCGAGUCGGCGUCCACAUCGCAGAUGUGACGUACUUCCUCAAGGAAGACACGGCGCUGGACGAAGAGGCUUCUGAGCGAUGCACCACAGUCUACCUAGUGGAGCGCCGAACGGACAUGCUUCCCUCUCUGCUGACUACCGAUCUGUGCUCCCUUGUCGGGGAUCAAGAUCGUCUCGCCUUCUCUGUGCUGUGGGAGAUGACCUCGGAAGGCGAUAUUCUCUCUUCGUCUUUCCACAAAACGUUCAUCCAUUCGCGCGCGGCGUUGACGUAUGCGGAGGCGCAAAACAUGAUUGACGACCCCGGCGACAAAACGGAGCUGGCGGAGAACCUGCGCAGACUGCUGUUCAUUUCGCAGGUCAUCCGGCGCAAGCGCAUGGAGGCUGGAGCGCUGCAGCUUGCUUCGCCGGACGUGCAGAUUAUUCGCGACACGUUGAAGGACGCGGGCGAGGAGGGCGAGGCAAAGGCCAAGCGCCAGCGGCCGGCGAAGAAGCCGCAGGGCGAAAGCGAAGCGACGGCCGGGGCAGACCCGCCCGAUGACGAAAACUACGCGGAAGAAGUCUCCCAGGAGGAGGCUUCAGACAUCGCCCUGUACCAAGCUCGCGACACAAACAGAAUGGUUGAGGACUUCAUGCUUCUCGCCAACACGACUGUGGCGGAGAAAAUCGUUGAGUACUUCCCGUCUGCGAGUUUGCUUCGCCGACACCCCGACCCCAAGGAGAAGCAACUCCAGAUCCUCAGCGAGCUUCUGAAGGGACGUGGCAUUCACAACUUCGACUUUUCGUCUUCCAAACGCCUUGCGGCCUCGCUCAACGCCGUGGCAAAAGCGGCACCGGACCUGGACUUUCUCGUGCGCAUUCUGACCACACGCUGCAUGAACCAAGCUGUCUACUUCAGCUCUGGAGAUAUUUUGUCGAACGCGCAGUCCUCGAAGCCGUCAAUCACGUCCUCGCUGUCUUCCGCGCCUUCCGCGCUGGAAGUCAGCCCGUACUUCCACCACUACGGGCUUGCUGCGCCGCUUUACACACACUUCACUUCGCCAAUUCGAAGAUACGCCGACGUAAUUGUCCAUCGAAUGCUCGCGGCAGCCGUGGGCAUCGCCGAUGUGCCUCGGGUUUGCCGAAACAAACAAAAGCUGUCGCAGCAGUGCGAGCUGCUCAACCUCAAGCACCGGAACGCGCAAGUCGCGGGUCGGAAUAGCGUGCAGUAUCACGUGUAUCUGUACUUCAAGCACAAGGGCGCGAAGGAGGCUGUCGGGACAGUGACGAAGGUCAAGAAGAACGGCGCGUUAGUCUACAUCCAUAAGUAUGGCCUCGAAGGUAUCGUCUUCUUCAAAGAGCAGGAGUACGCAUUUGACGCGGACAAGCAGCAUUUGACGCAUCGCAGCUCAGGGGAAACUAUUCAAAUAUUCGACUCGCUUCUCGUCCGGAUCGAGGCGGAGCACUCAAAUGAAUUCAGGCCAUCGGUGGCAAUGAAGCUGAUCCGCAAGACGACUGAUCAAGACAAGAAGUAG